AUGUUUCACCAACACCUCGUUUUUGUGCUCACUCCCAUCCGGCUUCCUCUUCCGACCAUCUGGGAAGCAAUAUGCGCCCUAAUCCUCCUUUGCUGCCUCUACCGCAGAACGCAGACCGCCAACGACCCCAAACCGCGUUCGGCCGAGGUGAAGGACGGGCUGGUAUCUCCAGCGCCGAGGAUGGGGAGGGAAGGCCCGGGAGACCCUCUCGAGGCCGUCUCCACCGAGCUCGAGAACCUUGUGCGUAUGACGAAGACGACGACGGGCUCUCGCGAGGCCCCUCGGAGCGUCUUCUCGGCCAGCGAUGACGAGGAGUGCCCACGAGUGCUCGGGACCCCAAAGCCGCGCAAGCUCGAUGUUGGCGGUCCGCACGAGACGGGCUCGGAGACGGGCUCGGAGAGCCGGCUUGGCGCGGUGGCGAGCCCGGAGGAGUCGCUCGUCGCCUCGCUCCUGUCCAAGAUCAGGACCCGCGAUAUGAUCGUGCAGCGCUUGAAGGCCCAACGGCGGGAGGACAUGGACAGCCGGCUCCGCACGACGGUGAAGCUCGAGGCGCUACUCCGAGAGCAACUCAAGAUCAUGUCGCGCCAAGCGGACACGCUCGAGGAGAAAAAGCGCGAGCUCGAGGCGCGCGCCGACGAAGUCACGGGCGUGCGGCUCCAAGUCGUUCAGCGCGACGAAGACAUCGCCACGCUCCAGCUCCGCAUCGUCCGCCAUGAAGACGAGCUCGCGGUUCUGCACUCGGAGAAAGAAGCGCUCGCGGAGCAGCAGUCCGCGGUCGCGGCCGCGCACACGGACGAACUUGAAGCCGCGGCCGCUCGCGUAGCGGAACUCGAGGCCGUCGUCGCCGCCCGCACCUCCGAGCUCGACACGCGCAUGGGCGAACUCGAAGCGUGCACGGCGUUGCUCGAGGCACAGCGCAGGCUCGUGGCGCAGCACGAGGACAUCGCGGCGCGGGCGAGCGAGCGUGCGCACGACCUCGAGCGGCGGUGCGCGCGGGGAGAGCUGGAGCUCCGCACCGCGGUGGUGCGCCUGCUGCGCGGGGACGUCGGCACCGCCGCGGAGAUCACGCUCGCGCGCGGGUUCGUGACGCGUUCGCGCUCUGCUACCGUCACAGGAGGCCCGGUCGAUGUUCCGGCACGCCCCAAGGGACCCGUCCGCGCUCAGUCGGUGUCGUUCUACCCACAGCCCGUCGUGCCUGGUGUUCUCGCGCCCGCGGUCGUGACGGCCAAGGUGGACCUUCGCGGGCGGUCGGCGCGGAAGCUCAGGGUGAUGGCGAGACGCCUUUCUAGUCCCACUGCGAAGCAGUCCAACGCAGAGGUUGCUUCCGCUUCUGAUCUCGUCCCCGACCCCGAACUGGUUUCCACCUUGGGACAGCCGCUGUGUACUGUGGACGUCGCUCCUGGCGGCGAUACCAAUGGAGGGGACAGGAGUAUAGAUUCCUUGGGUAAACAAGCUGAAGCAGGCACCAGUCUAAGCAGCCACUCUCGACUCGCCAGCAGCGAGUCCGAUGCAAGCACGAGUCCCGCGCCGGAAGAGAACGCAACGAGCAAGAGCCCGACCUCCGAGGAGGAGGAGGAGGAGGAGGAGGAGGAGGAGGCAGCUAGCAGUACCUCUGAAGAUGUGCAUUCGCACGCCCGGGCGAGCCCUCCUACGCCCAUACGCACUCCAAGCAAAAUCUCCCGCAUCCCCACCUUCUCCCCGCGCCCAGAAGACCUUGCCCUGUCUGGUCCGUAUGACGUUCCCCCGUCCGCGCCUGCCGCAGCCGCGCUCCCGGAUUCCGCUUUUGCCUCUGCGCCCCUGCGCCCGCCCUUUUCGUCGCUCGCGAGUUCAGCGCCGUCCCCGUUGCCCGUGUCGCGCAUCCCCGCCAUGUCCGCCAUGCUCGUCUACGCCAGGCGUUCCCUCCCGCUCUCCUCUCCGCUCUCUACCCCCCACAGGGCCCUCGUCACCUCCCCGUCACCACCGUCCUUCCAGUCUCAAUCCCGCUCCAAUUCGCAGUCCCGCUCCAAUUCACAGUCCCGCUCAAACUCGCAGUCUCGCUCCCACCCGCACUCAACCUCGCAGUCCUCUCCUCCAGACCCCGCACGCUCCUCCAUCGCCGUGCGCCCCUCCGCCCAUGCCGGGUACGCCGACCCCCGCGUCCCCUACAACCCCUACGCCGAAGCCGAAGCCGACGCCCACCGCGGCUCGCGGUCUCUCGCCAGCGUCCUCGACGACUUCGACCCCUACACGGCCGCGGCCGCAGCCGUCGCGCCUGUGCCUCCGGGCAGGUGGCCCGGGCCGUCGCGCCCGGCGUCGUCGGCGUCGGUGAGCUUCGCGUCGACCGGGAGGGCACCGCGCGCGUGCGAGGAGGCGGCGGUGGCGAGCAUGGCGGGCGGGUCGGUCGCGCCGUCGCGCAUGCCGCAGCCGUUGUCGCGCAAGAGCGGGCUGUCGGUGCCGUGGCGCGGGUAA